CUUAGCAGCGCCGCGCAGCUGCUUGAAGCUAGCUCCGGCUGGCGCUGAUACCUCUCCGCCGCAACAUGUCGACAGCGAGGUGCGCCGUUGUUUGCGCAUGUAUCUGCGCAUGUAUCCAAGCUCUGCCGUCGCGGCUCCAGAACCUUUCUGCGGAAAAUGGGAUACGAUGAGUUUCACAUGGAAUCGAGAAGAGGGAGUGUGUCAUCUGGAUCGGGGUGCAGCCAUGUGAGAGGACAGCAUUUAAAGAGUAGCCCUUUCUGCACCCCCUCCUCCAGCAAAGUGAGCCAGUCCAUCAUCACAGACCACAUGGUGUCUCAUUACAAGAGGGUGUACUCAGCUAAAGCUGCCAUCGAUGCCUCCGUACCCAGAAGCUUGACACACAGCGUCAAGUACAACGACCAGAUCCGACAGGAGCGGUUGAGGAGAGGGGGGCGUCCUCAGUCGGCCCUCUCUCUCUCGCAGACGGAUAGCAGAGCCUCCUGCUCUUCAUCCCAGAGUAGAUUAUCUGUUGAGUAUGAUGACAGCCCCUACCACUGCGCAAGGAGUUCCACGGUCUCCAGCCCAAGGUUCACCUCCUCCUUCCAUGCCAAGGAGAUCGUUUAUCCAUCAUUCAGAGUUGGGUCUCAGAACCAUUCUCAUCACAUUCGCCCAGCAUCAGAAAUGACAAACCAGAGCCCAGAGGCAGCGUCACGCGGGCAGCAGGCAGCGUGUUCUCUGGGAGCUUCAGCAGAUCAGAGGCACUACAAGACGUUCCAGGACCCGGCCCAGCAGACAUACAGCGGAGACCUGCUCCAGAAACAUUCACAGCACUUUACCCGUGACAAGCCGUUCACCCCGAAGACCCUGAAGUCAGAGACGAGUUCAUACCUGUCACAAUAUCGCUUCUACAGAGCGCCGCCACGCAGGACGCCUGCCCCGGGGAGCAGCGCCGCGAGGCCCACGCCACAGGAGACGCAUCAUGGAAGGUACUCACCGAACAUCUCGCUGAGCAAGAGCACAAAAACCAAGGAAUGCCCACGGGACGUUUCUGAGCCAUCUCAGGGAUUUCAUACAGAGCACGCGUGGUCUGAAGAUGAGUUCAAUGCCACAUAUUCCUCAGCAUCUCGGCAACAGAGUCCAACAUACCAGAGCCGAGAACGGGAUCGUUAUGACUCCUCAUCCAGGUUCUCUGCAAAAGGCAGGAUAUCUCCCAUUCUGAAGAAUAUAUCUGCAGAGGAAGAAGAGUUAAUGUACCUUGAAUUCAUUUCUGCGGUAACGGAGGACAUCCUGUCCCGGGCGUACAUCUCUGACAGUUUGUCCUCUGCAAGGUUCCUCGACCGGCUGAUAAAGCGCCAUGUCGACAUGAAUCGGCAUCACCUUGAUGUGGGUAAAAUGCGCCACCUUCUGGAAGGGCUGCGUAAAGAUUUUGAAGAGCCAACCAACACGUCUCGUACGGAGCCGGGGAGAAAGGAGAAUGGUCGACAUGAUUCAUUCCAAAUGCAUCUGGGAUCAGGGGGGAAAGAAGUGAGGACUGAACAGGACCGUUUCCUGUUCCCUGAUGCAUCAGAAACCACACACUGCAAUACACCAGACUAUGCCGACCCCCUCUUGGCGUCUCCACCCGCCUGCUCCCCUGAGACGACUGCGGUCUCACCACUCAAUGCAGAGGAAGGAGUAGCUGGCGGUCGGGAGGGGGCCGCCGGCUCUCCACGGCUCGGGGAGCGUGUUCCUGAUCACGCUGGAAUCAGUGGCGAGGACCCUCAGACUCAGAUUGGCACGACUGAGACGAGCAAAGAAGUCAGCAAUGAAAACCACGAAUACAAAACUAAAGCGAGUGAAGAAGCAUUCCAUCAAGAUGGAGCUGCAGUCAGUGAUGAAGCACAAACUCAAGAGGUGGAGGAGCUGGGGAGAAGUUUGUCAGAGUCGCUUCACGUGUCCAGCGACGAGGAGACCGCCUCUCGGCCACAUUCAGAUACGGUUGCCUCGGGCAGCGAUGAUGAAUUCUGAGCUUUGUGGUAUUCAGAUUUUGAAGGUCCUUUUUAAUGUUUUUGUUACCAAAUGAAAGAAAUGUAAUGACCAUUAAAAUGUCUGAAAGUGUCGAUUUGUUAGUGAAUUAACACAACUUGUGUUUCCCAUGUUUGAACAGCUCCACCCAUAUGGUGUUGCAGUUCUAUUCUGCUUCUAAAAGAUGUUUCCAUAAGCACAUGUUCAUAUAACAGGGAUGUGGGAGACGCAUGCUGACCUAGUGGCUGAGCUGCAAUCGACCCACAGAGGAAGACUUGAUCUCUUUUGUAAAUCAUAGGAACUCGUAUGAUGUUCAACUUGGCAAAGGAUCGCCCAUCGGACUCCACUGACGUCAUACGGUGGGAUGAGUGGUAUCCUGUCGUUUGGGUGCAUUGCAGUGGGAUGUUCUGAGUGUGUGUGCAGCUGCUGGUUACAUUUCCAGAUUUCUGUUGUAAAGAAACUUCCAUUUUCAGUGUUUCACUUGACGUAUGCCUCUGAGCUGGAGCCGAGUUGACUGUCGCCAGAAAGUGUCUUUACAACUGCAAUAAAUCUGCUUCUCUUGUGA